AUGCCCCCGGCCAUGACUCCCCCAGACCGGCUCUUAGCCUCGACUAGCCGGCCUGUCGGCGAUGAAAUCCCAUGCUGCCCGCUCUACGACUUCCUUUUCUCCAAUCCACUCCGGCAGGAUAGCCCGAUCAUCACCCGAGCACCCUCGGCUGCCACCCGAGCCCAUCACAUACCCAUCGUACCCCCCGAAAAGCCUAUCUUUAUUGACACUGAUCAUGGCAGCAUCGAAAACCCAUUGACUUGGCUGCAGCUUCAGCGAAGGUCAACUGCUGUCGGCUAUCAAUUGAACCAUCAACUUGGCCUCAGUCCGUCUAAUUUGCUCUCUACGACGGCUGCUGACCCUCUGCCGAGAGGUUCAUGCGGCCUGCUCUCACCAAUUGUCCUACUGCACUUGCCAAACGGAACUCCGUUUGUGACCAUGCUUCUGGGCGCGCUGGCCGCCGGCUUAACAUUCACGAUGGUCAAUCCAUCCUACACGCGCCACGAGCUCGUGCAUGUCUUACGGUCUGCACAGCCCGCGCUGAUCGUCACGUCGUCGUUCGGGCUGGAUGUCAUGCUCGACGCCCUGACCUUACUUCGAGAGCCCCACCUCAGAAGACAAUUGAUGGAGCGCAUCUUCAUCGUCGACGCGCCGGGCUCGGCUCCAAGUCGCUUCUUUGAGGACUCGCACAUCUACCGGACGAAAGCGCCCAACGGGGAAAUCGCGACGCUGACUGACUGGAACGCCCUUCUGCAGCAACCGCCUUCCGGGACCCAUUACCGGCCAUUCCAGUUCAGCGAGCCUGCGCGUGAAUCUAGGCUGAGGAUUGCCGCCGUUACCUGGAGCAGUGGGACCAGCGGGAAGAGUAAAGGUGUCAUGUGCAGCCACCACGCGAUGGUCCAUUCGAUCAUCUCUUUUUGGCACCAGAAACUCGACUAUGGACCGGAUGAACGGACGAUCGGCCUGGUCCCUUUUUGGCAUGUCAUGGGACUCCAAACUAUUGUCCUCUUCUCGAUUGUCACAGGGUCGACUGUGUACAUCAUGCAGAAGUUCGAGCCCCACCGAUACUUGGAAGAGAUCACCAAGAACAGGAUCACCUCCUUGCAGAUCGCCCCUCCUAUAGCCGCCUUCUUAGCGAAGUCUCCGCUGCUGGACGACGCCCGUUACGACCUGAGUAGCGUGACCAACUCGAUGAGCGGCGGGGCGCCACUGGCUCCGGCCAUUGUGAAAACAGUGUUCAAGAGAUGCGGCUUUCUGAUCAAGUUUGGUUACGGGUUAUCAGAAGCUGGUCAUGUGGCUAACCAACUCGGCGCAACGAUGUCUGACCUGCUGCCCCAAUUGGGUACGGUAGGCGAAGUGAUGUACGGCCUGGAGCUCAAAAUCAUCUCGGUCCGCACUAAGCAGCUCGUCUUGAGAAACGAGGAAGGCGAAAUCAUUGUUAGAUCCCCCAGCUUGAUGAGCGCAUAUCUCGAUAAUCCGUCGGAAACAAGCCAAGUGCUUGAUGAAGAUGGAUGGCUACAUACGGGCGAUCUAGGGUUUCUUGACGAUCACGGAAGACUCUCUAUCACCGGAAGACUCAAAGAAAUCAUCAUGGUCAAGGGAUAUCAGGUAUCUCCUUCGGACUUGGAGAUGUUGAUCAGCAAAAUCGACGCCGUCGGCGAGGUCGCGGUCACAUCGUUUUAUUGCGACGACCAAGCCACAGAGUUCCCGAGGGCCUAUAUUGUCCCGCAAGGUGACGAGCUGGUCGCGCUUUGUGAAAUCGUCAACAGUAAUUCCUCGCCAUGCGAGCCUGUCCACCAUCCCCGUUACAACGAUCUCACCAAACUGGCUCUCCAAGUCAAAGAAUUUGUCGAAUCCCACAUGGUUCAAUAUAAGUGGUUGAGGGGGAAUAUUAUCCUAACCUCUCACAUCCCAAAGUCUCCCAGUGGAAAGGUUCUCAAAAGAGUAUUAAGCACCACUCCGGGAGUCGAGAUUCCCCUGUACACCGCCCCUAAGUCGUGCCAUCCAAGCUCGAAAUUGUAG